AUGCUACGUUGUCGCGAGUUAUUAUUCGCAAUAGAAGAGAGGGAGCAUUUGAUCGUCGUCCCCGCGGAAGCCUUUUAUGUCGUGAUGAAUUUCGCGGGAUUAUGUCGUCUGGAGGCGUUCGCGGUGGCGGCGGGCCAGUCGGCGGGGCGGGCCGCGACGCCAGCGGACUACGCCGCCACGGCUCAGUCCGCGACGAAGCGACGAGCCGAGCGAGCGCCUCGCGCCGUUGCCUCCCACAGCGCUCGCGUACGCACCGCUCCAUACUCCACAUGUACGCGCUCUCGGCACACGAGCGGCGCCCGACUUAGCCGGGAUCGGCCACCGCGCGCCCCCACGUGCCCA